AUGCUAGUAGUUGCAAAGCAGAAUAACAUUGUGCUUCUUGCUACUGCCCGCUUAUUCUUCCCUGUUUAUAAGCUAAUGCCACCUUAUGUUGCUGUAAGCGGGAGGAAUGCAACAUGGAGGUUGCCAAAAGCAGCUAUAAUUCCUAACUUCCAUCUCCCAAUGCGUAGUUUUGAAGUUAAAAACAGGACUUCUACAGAGGACAUAAAGUCUCUUAGAUUGAUAACUGCCAUCAAAACCCCGUAUCUACCAGAUGGGAGAUUUGAUCUCGAGGCAUAUGAUGCCUUGGUGAACAUGCAGAUUGAAAAUGGAGCUGAGGGAGUGAUCGUCGGUGGCACUACUGGUGAAGGCCAGUUGAUGAGCUGGGAUGAACACAUCAUGCUAAUUGGUCACACAGUCAACUGUUUUGGUGGAUCUAUCAAGGUCAUUGGAAACACGGGAAGUAACUCCACAAGAGAAGCAGUACAUGCCACUGAACAGGGUUUUGCAGUGGGAAUGCAUGCAGCCCUUCACAUCAAUCCUUACUAUGGGAAAACAUCCAUGGAGGGCUUGGUUUCUCAUUUUGGCAGUGUGCUCCCUAUGGGCCCUACCAUCAUUUAUAAUGUACCAUCACGAACUGGCCAAGAUAUCCAGCCACGUGUCAUUCAUACUCUGGCGCAGAGUGCCAACUUGGCAGGUGUUAAGGAAUGUGUCGGAAAUGAUCGAGUAGCACAGUAUACAGACAAGGGGAUUGUUGUGUGGAGCGGGAAUGAUGAUCAGUGUCAUGAUUCAAGGUGGGAUUAUGGUGCUACUGGAGUUAUAUCUGUUACCAGCAACUUGGUUCCAGGUUUAAUGCGAGAACUGAUAUUCAGGGGAAAGAAUCCGUCCUUGAAUUCAAAGCUUAUGCCUCUGAUUGACUGGCUUUUUCAUGAGCCAAACCCAAUUGGCUUAAACACAGCUCUUGCCCAGCUUGGGGUUGUGAGGCCUGUUUUCCGACUCCCAUAUGUGCCACUUCCUCUGGUCAAGAGGGUGGAGUUUGUUAAUUUAGUGAAACAACUUGGACGGGAGAAUUUUGUAGGCGAGAAAGAUGUUGAGGUUUUGGGUGAUGACGAUUUUAUUUUUGUGGCUCGGUAUUAGUUUUUAGUCCAUGUUUGAGAGCUAAGAUUUUGUUAUUCAGUGUAUUCUGAUCUGAAUAUUGUUAAAACUAUAAACGAUGUUUGUGUGUUGCAUCAAUUAA